AUGUAUGGUAGAUCAUCUGAUUCCGCAUCAAGUGGUACAGCACUUCUUUCGCGAAAAGGUCUUUUUGGCAAAUCUGGAGUUCUGAAUGAAAACUUGGACUCUUCAAUUGCUAUUCAUCAGGACACGCAGAAGCUAGAUCACGGGAAAUCUGAUCAAAACAAUGGUGAACAUGGAACGAAAGAUCAUCUAGAGGAAGUAGAAGCUGAUUCGUCUCCCACACCUCAUUCGGAAGCAGCUCACGUGACUGACCCAAAAGAUGAGAACAAGUCACAUGCUUCUCCCCAUGAUGAAGACGAGAACAAAUGUGAUAGUGGGCAAAAUGAAGAAGAACGAGGCGAUCCAGCUAAUGAAGAGUCCUCUGGUGAAGACCCCGAUCCCAGCAAGGACAAUAGUGAUGAGCAAGGGGCUCACGAAGGGAGCCCUAGUGGGGAUCACAAUCCUGCUCAAAGUGAUGAUGGCGAAAAAGUAGCUGAGGGAGAUAAUCCGUCCACUCCUGAGCCACCUGGCCAUGAAGAAGUGGCAGAAGUAGAGAUACAAGAGGAAGUUUGUGUCAAAAAGAUCAUUUCUAUGGACACUGACGAUGUUGAGGAUGAGCCCGAAAACGUCGCAGCUCCUGCUAAUGAGGAAGGCGAAGAACUGAAUGAGAACGUCAUGGAGGUUGUGCCGGAAGAACCGGAUGAUGGGGCGGAGGAAAAGACCGAGCAAGAGGAUGAUGCGGCUGCUGAAAACGCCGAUGUUGAAAUGGACGAACAGUCAGGAGAAAACGUUGUCGAAGUUUCUCAGUCAACGUGUGAGGGCGAAGGAGAUGUCGUAGAAGAAGUGGAAAUGGAGGAGGGCGAAGACGUUAAUGACGAGUUUUCUCCUGAUGAACUUGUUCUAACAGAUGAGACACCAUUAGAAGACACUACCAAUGAUGAGACACCAGAAGGAGAAGAGGACUCUUCCAAGGAUGAAGCGCCUGUAGAAGACACUCUCAGGGAUGAACAGCCCACAGACGAAACAUCUAAAGAUGAAGCGCCAAUAGGUGAUACCUCCAAGGAUGAGGAGCCAGCCGAUGAAGCAUCUAAAGAUGAGGCGCCUGUCGAAGAAGUCGAAGAAAUUCCCAAGGAUGAGGAGUCAACAAAUGAAACAUCUAAAGAUGAGGCACCUGUCGAAGAAGUCGAAGAAAUUCUCGGGGAUGAGGCUCCAGUGGAUGACUCUUCCAGGGAUGAAGCGCCUGCAGAAAACACUUCCAAGGAAGAGGAGCCAAUAGAUGACUCUGGCAAUGAUGAAGCGCCCGUAGAAGCGAAAUCCAAGGAUGAGGCUCCUAUGGAUGACUCUUCCAAGGAUGAAGCGCCUGUCGAAGAGAUUUCCAAGGAUGAGGCUCCUGUGGAUGACUCUUCCAAAGAUGAACCGACAAUGGGCGACACCUUCUAA